AUGUUUAGAUCAACUAAUUACAUGCGUUUACAAAAUAUGGCUGAUCAACUCGACAAUUCUAAUACCCUUAUCGAACAAGAUGAAGACGGCGAGGGCGAUGGUGACAAAGAUGCAAUUGAUAAUAAUACGGACCCAAAAUCAUCAAACAGCCAAAAUCUUCCGGCUGACACAACAACAAAUUCGUUACUUCCAAAUACAUCAUUGUUAACUACUCCCGCCAACAAUCGUUCAAUAUCUCGUUCAAAAUCACCCUCUCAUUAUACGACAUCAUCCACAACGUCACCCGAUCGAGCAUUGAAUCAAAAAUUUCAUGUGGCUGCAUUGAGCGGUAACUUGAGUACAUUAAAAGAACUUUUAACAAAAGCUCGUUUGCCGAUAGAUUGUCGGGAUAAAGAAAAUUCAACGGCUCUAUUAUUAGCCUGUGCUCGCGGUCAUUAUGAUUGCAGUAGAUUUUUGAUUGAAAAUGGUAGUGAUGUAAAUGCCCGUCGUUUGACUGGAUCAACCGCUCUUUAUUUCGCUUCGUCCCAGAGGCACACACGCAUCGUUGAAUUAUUGUUAAAAAAUAAAAGUGUCGUUGAUAUGUCAACAUUUGAUGGUGCUACCUCGUUACACGUUGCAAGUGAGAAAGGCUAUGAUGAUGUUGUUAAAUUACUUGUGGAUCAUAAUGCAAAUGUCAGUGCAAAAAUGAAUGAUCAGACAACAGCUCUAAUGUUAGCAUGCCAAAAUGGACAUUUGAAAGUUGUACAAAUUCUAAUCGAAUCAAAUAAAGAAAUUGAUGUCGUUGCGCAACGACUAGAUGGUGUAACAGCUUUCUUCUGUGCCGUUCAACAUGGUCAUGAAGACAUAAUCGACUACUUGUUAGAAAAACGGGGUAAUGAUGAAAAAUUUUUGACAACAAUCGAUCAAUCGCGUGAAGAUGGAGCAACACCGUUGUUUAAAGCGUGUCAAAAAGGUUAUGGUUCUAUCGUUAAAAAACUUUUAAUAUAUAAAUCAAAUAUAAACCUCUUAAAAAAUGGAGAAUCUUGUCUUCAUGCAGCAACAAUGUUCAAUCAUUUAGACAUUGUUAAAACAUUAAUUGAAUACGGUUCAAAUCCUUUACUUAACAACUGGGAAGGCAUGACAGCCAUUGAUUUGGCAAAAGAACUGUCAUCAGCUGGGGGAUCAGACAUUUUAGAUUAUCUGAUGGUAGCAUUGAAACCAAAAUUAAGUGAACAUGCAAGACAAUAUCUAAUGCACAAGAGUACAAGACGAACAGAUGCUGACUUUGAUUUGGAUAUAGUUGAAAAUGAAGAACCAGAUGAUUGGAAAUUAUAUAAAAGUAUGAAAAGUGCCAAACAAUUAGAAUCAUUAGAAGAAGAAAUUGCUCAUAGCGCAGCGAUACUUCCAACACCGACAGCAAAACGAGUGACAACAACUAAACCAGCGUCGGAUGCUAUACCUCAUCGAUAUCAUCAAGGCUCACGAUCAGCAGCAACUUCUAAACAGACAAACCGUCCGUAA